AAUUAUUUUUUCGGAUUACUUUCACUUUUACACCAACGAACUAGACGAUUUCUAUCAACUUUUUAACUGUCAUGUGUCAAACAAACCAGAACUGUGCACUGUCAACACGUUAUGCAAUGUCAAUCGUCGGCGAAGAUUUGUAAUAAAUAAAGGAAUCAACUGCAUUUUCCAAAGGAAGACAUGUUCACCAAAUUAGCCUACGGAGUAACACCAAUGGCAGCAGCAGUUGUAGUCAAAUCUUCCGAAAUGGCAAAUUCAGGAUCGGCAGACGAUAUGGCACACUAUAAGUGUAGGCCAUCAGAGUUGCCAAUCUAUGCUCCUUUGCAUUCAUUAAACAAACCGAAGCCCAUUCGUCAUCCACCCAAAGAAUCUAAGGCCCGUGAAUCCAUCGAAAGCGGUGUCCGCGUUGUCCGCGUCGAAGUUGUUUCGGCCUAUAAAGCUGUGGCUAAACAAAAGAAGAACUUCGAAGACAUAGUUGCUACCGGAGUAGCGCAUUCCCAAACUACAAUUGAUUACCUCAAUCAACCCGAUAACACAAUGCCAAGAGUUGGAGCUAUAGCUAUUGGUGGCGUUGCUGGUCUGAUCCUAGCUGUCCGAGGAGGCUUCUUCAAGAAAAUAAUAUACACUGGUAUCGGGGCUGGUGGCAUUGCUUCAUUGUGCUAUCCCAAAGAAGCUGAGAAAUUUGCCCAACAAGGUCUUGUUGAAACGAGAAAAGGCUAUGUCAUCGCUUAUAAUUUUGUUAAAGGCAUUAAGCCUGGAGAUCAGAUCGGAGUAGAGCCAAUCACUAACUUCCCAACUAGUGUAUCAGAAUUGAAGGACACUUUCGCCGAUUUGGUUGACAGUGCUAAAGGAGCGAUUUUCUCAAGCAAGAAAUAGACAACCGAAAAAAGGAUGUUGAUAUGUGCAUUAUUAUAUUUUUGUUUCAGAAAUUUGAAAUUAAUCGACUGUAGAAAAAGUUAAUUUAAUUAAAUGGCAAUGCAAACUAAACAAA